UAAGAUAGAUGAUGAAAUGUCUAAAAACACACAAGAUACUAUGUUUCAGGUGCUAUUCCCGCCCAGACCCCCUGAAAAAAGUCUUAUGUGGUUAUGCUGCAUUUGCUUGUUCUGCUUAGCAGCUUUUAAACUUAAAUAUGACCAGGACACAUUAGUCUACAAAUUAUAAAUUCCUAUAAUCGUCAAGAAAAUACCAGCAAUGAGUAGAAGGGAAAGACAGCAGACUAGCUCGCUUGUAGACAUCAUAAAAUUCGCACAGAAAAUUGCUCUUUAGACAAAAGUCCAUAGGAGGGCAGAGUUCAUUGGUCCUACGGUUCACUUGUUUUUUAAUUGCUCUAGUCAGCUCUUAGAAUUAUUUUUCUAAGAGAUUCAUGUAGUAUGAAACUUAAGCAAGAUGUGGAACACACUCAUGGCAUAUCUCAGAGUGCAUGAGGCUGUACAGGAAGUUCUAUGUAGGCUCUAUAAAUACUCAGUCAAACAGACAGUAAUCUCUCUCUCUCUCCUUCAGAUUUCUGCUGCAUGCCUUGAACAUACGCUCCUAAGCAGAUUACGGGCUUUCCUUGACCUACGCUUCUUUUCCUAGUGCUGAUCUGACUAUGGCUGUCCUCAAAGUAAAAUUCACCAAAACUAAGAGGGACAAAUUGGCUCAGAUCCUAUGGAUCCUCAACUGGGUUUCUGUAGUGAGUGGGAUCAUUCUCUUCAGUCUUGGCCUCUUUCUGAAAAUAGAGAUCAAGAAGCACAACGAAGUGAUGGCAAAAGGAGACAUUAACUCUGUCCCCAACAUGCUGAUCUCUGUAGGGGUCAUAGCAUGUAUCAUCAACUUCCUGGGUGGCAAAAUCUGCUAUGACUGCUCAGAUGCCAACAAGUUCUCUCGGUGGAAACUAGUUAUGCUCCCAUACAUCAUGUGUACCUUCUGUUUUACCUUCUGCAUCCUGUUGGGUGCUCUCAUGUGCUAUACCAUGAGGAACGAACUGGAAGAAUCUCUCUAUCUGGGAUUGAGGGAUGCUAUUAAGUUCUAUAAGGACACUGACAUACCUGGAAGAUGUUUCUUAAAGAAAACAGUGGAUAUGUUGCAAAUUGGAUUCCAGUGCUGUGGAAACAAUGGCUUUAGAGACUGGUUUGAAGUUCAGUGGGUAUCUACUCGUUACCUGAAUAUGGCUUCCAAGGAAGUUCUGGACCGUCUGAAGAGUAAUGUUGAUGGGAAGUUCUUGGUGGAUGGAGUACCCUUCAGCUGCUGCAAUCCAAGUUCCCCACGGCCCUGUAUCCAGUACCAGCUGACAAACAACAGUGCUCACUACAAUUACAAUUUCCUGACAGAGGAGCUCAAUAUCUGGGUGAAGGGGUGCAGAGAGGCCCUGCUGGAUUACUAUACAGCUAUUAUGAGAUCCAUUGGUAUUGCAGCAUUGCUUAUUUGGUUGUUUGAGCUCUCCGUGCUUACUGGUGUCCGGUACCUACAAACAGCAAUGAAGAAUGUUCUUUUGCUAGGAGACCUGGACGGUGAAUCAGAUGGUUGGUUACUAGAAAACAGUUUUGUGGAAACGGCCAAAUACAACAUCAAUAUCAUUAAGAACCUUGGCAAAGCCAACCAGAUCUCCACUGUCUCAGGCCUGAAUGAUCCCAACAUUGAUGUUCAAAACAGGAACUGUGGCAAAAACAAUGUUGCAACAAAAUCUAUCCCUGCAGCUAGCUAGACAAUCCAUUCAGAGAAAUCAUGUCACAAGUGUUGCUUUGCUGUAUUACAAUCUUUGACACCAGAUUUUUUUUACUUGUGGGGAAGAAAGAAAAAGUGGUAUGACAACUGACCAGAAGAUAAACUGGUCAUAGGAACAAAAUAUUGAUACUUCUUUGGCCAGAUGUAUUUUCACUCUUGUGAAAUCCAAUUUUCAUACCUGCACA